AUGACAGACCAAGUACAUAAAAAGAUGAAGAAAACACCAUUUAUGAAUGACGAUGCUGAAGUUCCUCUCCUCGACAAUACGAUACCAGUUGAUGUUAACAACAACGACAUGCAAUACAAUCCGUGGCAAGAAGACCCUGCGUCUGUACCCGAGAAUGUUGAUUUCAAGUACAUGACAGAGCUCAUACAUCGAGUUGAUUUAAAAAAUAAAACAAACGAUCUACUACCACCCAUCGAAUACAAUCCCUUAGACAGUAUUGAAGUCUAUCAACCGAAGGUUAAUAAAAAUUAUUAUCAAUAUUACGACACUCCUCUGAAUGCAUUCGAAAAACGAAGAUCAAAUCGAAACAAUGAUAAACAACCUGACGAUUCAUAUUAUACCAACUUAGGCAGACAAAUUGCAACCAUGAUAAGGGGAAUCGACGCACAGAAUAAACAAGUCAACAUUGAAAUGGAAAAAGCCAACGACAAACUUAACACUGACCCAUACUUCAAUAAAAAUUCAGCUCAAUCAUUUUGGGAACGAUCCGUUAGAUCACCAUUAACAUUUCUCAACGCGAAUAGAAACAAAUUUGAAUAUUUAAAGAAAAGCAACGAAAUACUUUUCAACAUUGAAAAUAGAGUAGAAAUCAUGGCAUCCACAGCGCCGGCGUUAAGUCUACAAGAAAUAGAAAAUAUCGUAAAAGCAAUGGAAGCAGCAAAAAUGGAUAUGCAACGGAAAGAAAUCAAUGUUGGAGAUAUAGUGCCAUCAAAUAAGAACCUCGACAUAAAGCUGUGGCCUCAGGAGUUUAAAAUAUCUGGAAAAAUAAACAGACCGGAAUUAAUGAAAAAAGACGAGAAUAUUAAUGAAGCGAAAGUCAUAACAAACAAUAACCCAGCAGAUAAUGAUAAAACACUUCGCGUGCAAAGCGUUCAAAAAAUUUUAAACUUACCUAAUCAAAAUCCGAUGGAAAAUAAGCAACGCGCGAGACAAAUUCCCGAAAUAAAAUUAAUAAAAAAUCCGUCUGUCGGGAACACAUAUUUCGCAAGCGAUCCUCUGAAUUAUAAUCAACUACGCUACGGAGUUGCUAAUCAGAGACAAACGAAAACCGGCGCUCUCUCACAGAAACCAUCGGCACAGCUUUUGUUAGAAAAUGAAAUGAAUCCUUUGUUUUUAAAACACAGAAAAUCAGCAAUAGACGACGUUGCUUGUUCGCACAUGACUUCACCGGCAAUCAGCAAAUCACCUGAAAAACAAAAAUCAGACAGCAAGUCACCAGCUCACUCUACAACAAACACCGAGCCUCCACCUUCAACACCUUCAAAUGCUGAAGGACCCUCAACAUCUUCUGCCCCGCCGUCUGAUCCCUACAACUCUCACGCGGGCAGCAGCCGCCGCCGCCAACCGCAGGCCGCGCCCCCCACUGGGUACACCCGAACAAACCCGAUCUCACCCGAACGCAUCCGAUCACGCCAUACCAUACCCAUAGGUCCGAGCGGCUCUUCCGAACCGUACUAUAUUAUACUUCUCAUCACACCUACCACUACCGCCUACCCCUACCGCUACCCUUACCGCUCACUACCGCUCAGUCUGCGACCACCGACCAAAUGA